AUGUCCAAACAUUCUUCCAAACUCAUUUGGGAGAAGAGAACUUCACUCCACUGUACACAGAAUUCCUCCGGAGCGAUGGGGGAGGAGAAUAUACCGGCAAUGCAUUCAAAAAUCAACUCCAAGGAGAUGGUGUCAUCCAAGAAACUAGAGCU